GAACACAAAAAGAGGCCAGUUUGUAGUGUGACUUGCGAAGAGGCAACGCCAGUGUUAAUGUUCAGUUGUUAUGAGUUCGUCAAUGUAUAGAAAACAACUACUGGACGCGUUCUGAAAUUUAAAACUAUUAUUUUUGUACCGGUACUGUUAAAGAUGACAUUCUUCAGUAAAACGUCAACGCUUCUUUUAACAUGCUUUUUAGGAUUUUUAGCCCUUCUGUUCAACUGCAUUGCUAUGUCAACAAAUUAUUGGACCUCGACAAAUUUUUCAGGAUCGGCAGAAAUAUAUUACACAAGUAAUAACUAUUCAGAUGUUUUUAAUCGGCCUUUAAUUAAAAACCGAGGCCUCUGGAAAUAUUGCGAGUUUGUUUAUAUUCCGUCAGUGCCAGCACCUACCAAUGCUACAAUGUUGUCAGAAGAUAAAAAUGCCAAUGGAAACCAGGGCGCAACAGUUGCAAGUGUGUCGUCUGGUUCGUCUCCUCCUCCUGGUAUGUCUUAUAAUGGUAAAGGUGGUGGUGGUAGUAAUGGUAAUAUUUCCUCGAACAUUCAGGCCACGUCUGGUGGUUCCACAGGGGAUAGAACUUAUUCCGUUUGUAGAAAAUACAACACAAGUGUUUACAUCCCUGAUACUUUACCAGCUCUAUGCCAAGCAUAUUAUAAUGUGUUGUCUCAGUUGGAGAAGAUGUCUGGUAUAUGCUUGUGCAUUGCAAUUGGCCUUCAGUUCUUUGGGGUAGUCAGCAGCUUCCAGGCAACAUAUACCAUGUCUGUCACGCUCUUUACCGACUGUGGUAUCAUGUUCCUAUUUGGAGCCAUAGCUGUUUUACUGUCCACUAGCCUCUUCAUAGUCACAAUAACAUACGAGUACAAUGAACAACCCCGGCAGUAUAUUGUUUUCCCGAACGAUUACAGCGUUAUGUACGAUUACUCAUUUUUCUUAGCCUGGAGUUCCUUCAUCCUCACUUCAACAGCUGGUACGUUCUAUCUCCUUAUCGCAAGAGCAUUCAAGAUGGAGACGCUUCACGAGGUCCCCGUGGACAAGAAUGUACGCCGCGACUCGACAGCGGCAAACAUGCGAAAUAAAACAAAAGCAUGAGAAGGGAGAUGAAUUUCACCAUUGCGACCUCAGUUUCAGGGCUGAAUCCAUACAAGCUGCACUCAUUUUCCAAAUAGGAAAAUACAUUUCAGGGUUUGGUUUCAUUUAAUAUUUUCAUGCAUAUAUAAUAUUUUUUAAAACUUGGUUAUGUGCAAAUUUUAAAUGAGAGAGCAAACAAGAACGAAAUGAUAAAGUGUUUAAUGUAAAAUAAUUUAGAUGAAACAAAAAUAAUGUUUCUCCAUGUUUUUCUUCCGAGUUAGAAAGUAUCAAAAGUACUCUAAGAACUUUUACCAUUAGGAAGUAUGAAAACAUAAUUAAAACAAUUUCAUAAUUUAUAUCAAUUUGCUUUGCCAUCCUCCCACAAAGUUGGACAGUACGGAACAAAGUAUAAUAACUUUUCUUGUGAUAUUUAAAUGGUAAUCAUUUAUAAUCUAAAUGAUGAAUCAGUACAUUAACAGUUGAUGAAGAAUGAAUUAGAAUCGAAAGCAAUGACUCGGUAAAACUCAUUGCUACAAAAUAAUCAAGAACUUGGCUGAUUUGGAAAAACACAUUCAUACUUAAUUACAUUCGUAGAGAGUGUUUCUUACUUUCUCAUUAAAAAAAGGGCACAGUGCUUCAUAUUAUGCGUGAAAAAUCCAGCCAAUCUUGUCUAAUUUUAGAUAUUAUUAUGAUUAUUUUACAAGAUUUGAAAUUUUCAUGGAAAGCAUUCACAGUGUACUUCAGAAUUUGAAUUAGUUUUUCCAAAUGUUUUUCACAAAAUGAGUUUGACGAAAACCAUGCAAAGAAAAUCCUAUUCCUUUUCACUG